GGAAAUACGAGAGAAGAGUCCAAUUUGCCAUGUGUCUGGUUCGUAAAUACUAACAGGUGAGGUUUACUAGCGAAGUCAGCCGCCAAGGGAUGUUCAUCUUUAUAGCAGAGUGAACAGUGCACGGGCCCAAUCAUGCUUAUUAUGCGUUUGCAAUCGGCGAACCAGAUCGGAUUGUGGCCAGACAAUUCAUGCAGACCAAACUUUUGGAGGCUGACAGCCUUGCAGGGAUAGUAUCGAUUCAGGCUACAGAACCGCUUCUGUUCAUCGCUAAAUGCAUCGACUCAGGAUCCUUCAUGAUGCUCAUUCCUAAUAAACACCCCUUUCAGCCCACUUACAUCUUUCAAAAUCACUGCCUCACUGUUACUACAGAUAACAUUCGCUAAGUCUAAUAUUUCUUUUGGAAGAUGUUGUAUUCAAUAGCCCUACUUUGUUUGUUUUUAGUCAAGUCGGCUUUAUCAUUGGGCCUGGUCAUUGAUCGCAGCGGCUGGACAGUCUCUGCAGACAGUUCGCAUGCCGGAAAUGGGCCUGAGAAUGCUAUAGACGGUAACCCAAACACAAUAUGGCAUUCGAAUUACGUGGCCGGCCAGCCGGAUGCUCCUUUACCACACAGAUUUACCAUUGAUAUGCAGAAUGUCUAUCUCGUCAACGGGAUAAGUUACGUACCGCGACAGGAUAGUUCCAAUAAUGGCAACAUUGGACAGCAUAUCAUCGAAGUCAGCAACGAUGGCAGCAACUGGAAUACCCCUGUCGCCCUUGGGACUUGGAGGAAUAUGAAAGACACAAAGUAUACAACUUUUCUCGGACGCCCAGCAGGCUACUUGCGCUUGACUGCUAUCACUGAGGCUCAGAAUGUUGGGAACCAAUGGGCAAGUAUUGCCGAAAUCAACGUUCACAGAGUCCCAGAUCCGUACUUGGAUCGGUCCGGAUGGCGAGUGUCUGCUGAUAGCGAAGAGACCAUUGCGCAUCAAUGUCAAGCUGAUAAGGCGACGGAUCUAGACUUGCAUACUUGGUGGCACACCCAAUAUACAACGAGGGCUCCUGCGCAUCCGCAUUUCUUCACCAUCGAUCAGGGUGCUGCAACUACGGUCAGCGGUCUCAGCUACGGUCCACGCAGGAUAGAGGUCGAGGAUAACUCUCCUGAGAAUGGCAGGAUCGGGCAAUACCGUAUCGAGACGAGUAACGACAACCAGAAUUGGAAUCAGGUUGCGGAGGGUAGUUGGCCUGAUGACUACGUCGAGAAGGCGGCAACUUUUCAGCCCGUGACUGCGCGAUAUGUCCGUCUUACUGCAUUGUCCGAAGCUGGAAAUCGGGGGCCCUGGACCAGUGCCGGAGAGAUCAACUUGAUGAAUGGCGACAGUCUUGACGUAUACGAGGCUCCCGACCCAACCAAAGGCUUGUGGACUCACACUGUUGAUUUUCCAUUGGUCCCAGCUGCAGGGGGUAACCUGUAUGAUAGUGGUGAAAUCAUGAUCUGGAGCGCAUUCAGCCAAGACCAAUUCGUUGGAGAUACCCAUGGCCGAACGCAAGUUGCCAUUUGGAAUCCUACGAAUGACGAGAUGACUCAAGAAGAUGUUGCAAACACUGACCAUGACAUGUUCUGUCCAGGAACCUCGCUUGACUCAACCGGUCGUAUCAUCGUCACAGGUGGUAAUGACGCUCCGAGAACGUCGAUAUUUGAUCCCGUGUCCAAUGAUUGGCUUCGUGGACAGGACAUGAAAAUUCCGCGUGGAUACCAGUCUCAAACGACAUUGUCUGAUGGGCGUAUAUUUGAAAUGGGUGGUUCAUGGAGUGGUAAUGCGAAUACCCAUAAGGAUGGAGAAGUGUAUGAUACUACCAGCAAUACAUGGACACGGCUCCCUGGAUGCCCUACCGAGCCCAUGUGGACUCAAGAUCAGGGAGGGGUUGUUCGAGCUGACAAUCACGCCUGGCUGUUUGCUUAUAGCAACACAUCUAUACUUCAAGCUGGACCGUCUAAGAACAUGCAUUGGUACAACGCCCAAGGCACUGGGUCAAUCGUCGACGCUGGGACCCGUGCUGACGAUGUCGAUUCUAUGAAUGGGAUAGCUGUGAUGUACGAUGCGCCUAGGGGACAGAUUCUCACUGUAGGCGGAGCAGUCAACUAUGAGGCCACCGAAGCACAUAACAAUGCCCACCUCAUCCAAAUCAACGGAAUCGAUCAAAAUCCUAACGUACAAACAAUCAACCCCAUGGCUUUUCGUAGAGGAUUUGCAACAGGCGUCGCUCUCCCUGACGGCAGCAUUCUAAUCACCGGAGGCCAGUCCUAUCUCAACCCAUUUACCGACAGCUUCUCCAUCCUCACCCCUGAACUCUGGGACCCGCGAGACAACUCAUUCACGACCCUCAACCCCAUGGCUAUCCCUCGAACAUACCAUUCCAUCAGCCUCCUGCUCCCAGACGCCACCGUCCUCAACGCCGGCGGCGGUCUCUGCGGUUCGUGCGCCACCAACCACUUCGACGGCGAGAUUUUCGUCCCGCCGUACCUGCUCCAAGCCAACGGCACCGCCCGGCUCCGGCCCGUAAUCUCCUCUCUCAGCGCAUCAACAAUCCCAUGCGGCGCAGCCCUUACCAUAUCCGCCUCCGUGCCCUUCUCCACCAUCGCCCUUAUGCGCCUCAGCACAUCAACCCACACCGUCAAUACCGACCAGCGUCGUAUCCCCUUCGUCAUGUCCGCCGCAGCCACCACCCAAACUAUCACUAUCCCCGCGGAUCCGGGCGUCGCUCUCCCCGGCUACUAUUUCCUGUUCGUCCUCGACGCGGCUGGAACUCCGAGUGUAGCGCGCACGGUGCUGAUCACGCAGCCUGAGGCGCCGCGCGAUAGGCAGGGCUCUGUGCCGUUGGAGACGCUGCAUACCGUGCCGCAGCCAAGGCCGGACAGUAAUGUGUUGGAUGUGCUGGGUGUACCGGAUUUAUUGAGUGGUUUACCGGAUGGAAUCGGGUCGCUUCUGGCGCGGUUGCGGCGUUGAUGGACAAGGGGAAGCAAGGGAUGAUUAGAUGUUGAUAAGUGUGCAUUGCAUGAAUGAGCUUGGAUAGAAAGUUCUCCUAUGCAAUGUAGAGUUGUAGACAUUAGAGUCUCGGAGAGGUCAUGAUUAGAAUCCGUAGAGAGGUGCCUGUACAGGAUAGGCGUGGUGGCUAUAUAGCUACGUAAUUUGAAAGAAAAGCGAAAUCAUACCUCUCAAACAAGUAACCAUUACAAAGUCUCGC